AUGAUCAAACUAGAAAGAGUAACACUUUUGAGCUCCUCAGCGAACGUGGCCUUGGAAAAUCCCUUCACCUGGGCAGCAAAGGAAGAGGAAGAAAGAGAGAGCCUGAACUGGUUCCCUCUCCCAGCCUUUGCUGACUCAGAUGACUUCACUCUCUGCAUCACCGGGAGCAUGAGCCAGACUUACCUGCAUCCUGAGCAGUGGCUUCAGAGGAUUCUGCACAUCCCUGGACUGAAGCCUGAGGAUGAGGCUAUUACUGUUGGACGGACACUGCUGGACCUGUUAUCUGUUGAGAAUGAGGACUCAGAAGGCUCUUUAAGGAGUGGGUACCAGUGUGAUAUGAGGGUCCCUGAUGUCUUCAAAGGUGACUGGACAUGGGCCCAACGGAAGGGGCCCUGGAAAGCCCCUGGAGAAGCUUCCCCUCUCAUUGACAACCAGAAUCACCCAUGUCGUGUCGUUCCCCCCUUUUACUGGCCUUGGGCCGCAUCUGCGGUGACCAGCACCCUCAGUCCAUGGGGGCUCCUGGGCCAGCACACCAUUCCCCGCACUGAAGAGGUAGCAGCUGUCCUGAACGACCAGCAGGACAGAUCCCUGGUCGGAGUACAUAUGGGCGAAGAAGAGAGCUCCUGUUCUCCUCAGCGCUGCAGGGUCCACAGAGGAAGAAGAGCUCUGGCCAGCAGGGAGGAGCCACCAGAAGACACCAGAAGAAAGGACCUGGUGUCUCCCAUGGCCGGAGAAUCUGUGCUGACUCAGCCACCCUCAGUGUCUUGGGCCACACGGCCGAGGCUCACUAUCUCCUGCACUGGAAGCAGCUCCUACAUUGGCACUGGCUAUAAUGUAAACUGUUGGCAGUGGCUCCCAGGAACUGACCCCAAACUCCUCAGGCGUAGUGAUAAGAACUGGGCCUCCUGGGCAUCUGGCCAAUUCUCUGGCUCCAAGUCCGGCAACUCAGCCUCCCUGGCCACCACUGGCCUCUGGACUGAGGACGAGACCGAGUAUCACUGCCAGUUCCACGGCAGCAGCGUGAGUGCUUGUUCCUUCUCCCAGUCUGUGCGGACUCAGCCACCCUCCCUCUCUGCAUCCCUGGAAGCAUCAGCCAGACUCACCUGCACCCUGAGCAGUGGCAUCGGUGUUGGUGGGAAAACUGUAUACUGGUACCAGCAGAAGCCAGGGAGCAAUCCCCGGUAUCUCCUGAGCUACUACUCAGAGUCAAGUAAGCACCAGGGCUCUGGAGUCCCCGGCCGCUUCUCUGGAUCCAAAGAUGCCUCAACUAACUCAGGGAUUCUACACUUCUCUGGCUGCAGCCUGAGGAUGAGGCUGACUAUUAUUGUAAGAUAUGGCAUGACAGCGCUAAUGCUUACACAGCGCUCCAGACCCACAGGGAAGUGA